UGGACUGUUUGAAGAACGGGCUUCUGGUGGUGAUGAGUGAUUCUCUGGUACAAAAGGAUAAGGAGAGGCUGAAAGGGUUUUAGGACGCGACCAUGGAGAAGAAGCCGACUCCAGUUUGGACUGGACUUUUUAUGGCGCUUAUCGUGUGCGGUGCAGUCUGCGCCCGACAUUCUAGAAGUCCCCUUGCUCCUGGACGUCAAGGACACUUCAACAGAUACAUCAGAGCUUCUGAACCUGUUGUGGUCCAAUCUCGUGCUUCUAAAGUCAAUCUGAGCCCAGAUGAGAUCAGACGGUUACACUUCAAACCUACAGUGGGACUUACUCAGCUAUCAGAGGGCCACGAGGUGAAGUUUAACUGUUCAAUCAACAUCCCUGCUGUCAGAAUGGAGCCCUCCAUCAUUUGGGUGAAGAACAGCUUCGAUCUGGCACCAAAGGCCGAAGUAGUGAUCAAUGAUUUGCAGACCACUACAAACGGGGUUACAACCCUCCUCUCCACUGUCAGGAUUAACCACAUCCAGAGAGCGGAUGCUGGAGAGUACCGCUGUAGAUUGAGUAUAGGCAACACCGUGAUAGAGUCUCAGCCCAUCAAUAUCCAGGUGGAAGGUCUACCAACAUUUAUCCAGCAACCAGAGGACAGGAACAUAACAAGAAACACACCCUUCACUCUGUUGUGUGAGGCUGUAGGACCCCCAGACCCCGUUGAGAUCCGCUGGCUUCGUAAUGGAUUGCCUUAUAGUGACAGUCUAACCUCUCCUAGCAGCUAUUCUGUGCCAGGUGUGGACAAAUUUACUCAGUUCAGCUGUGAAGCUUACAAUGCCAAGGGUAUCACCACCUCCAAAGAAGCACACAUCAACAUCAAAGUGCUUCCGGACCCCGUCUCUGAGGUUACGGUCAUAGAGAGGCAGUCCAAUAAGUUGGUGAUCAGUUGGAAACCUGGCCACGAUGGUUUCUCUCCACUCACUAAAUGCCACAUCAGGGUUAAAGAGGUGAGCCAGAGGAAAGGGGAGGUGACAACCACCAGAUUAAUCAAUGUGACAGUUCCACCGUUCCAUUGUGAGGUCUCUGGGCUGCAAGCCAUGACGUGGUACAACAUGAGUGUUUCCUGCAGCAAUGAAGUGGGAGAAUCACCUGCUACUAUGUGGAUCCAGAGCAACACCACAGAGGGAGUGCCGUCCAUUUAUCCCCGAAACGUCACAGUGCACCUGAACGAUUCUUGGCUGGUGAUCAGGUGGAAGCCUCCGCCGGAUGACAAAAUCAACGGCAUCUUACGUGGCUAUGAUGUCAUUGUCAGACACGGAAUGCAAGUGAAGAAGAUCCACAGCUACACCACUACAGCUUUUGUAGCACUUCUGGAAUUCAACACCACCUACAGUGUGGAAGUGUCUGCAUGCACACAGGCAGGGAGCGGCAUGGUCAGCCCACCAGUCUCGCUCUUUGUACCAGAGGACAAUUCAGCAACACCCCCAUCAUCCAGCCCUGACGCUGGGGUUUCAGACCUUGUCUAUGUGGUUCUUGGCGGGGUGUGCAGCUUGUGCUUUCUGCUGCUUAUCAUCUGGGUGGCUAUCUGUAUUCGCAACAGACCAUCUGACUCUUGUUUUGGGUGGAUGUUUGGAGGUGAAGAGAAGCUGGAGCCUUUUGUACAGUACAAACCACAGAGAUCCUACAACCGGUCUGCCAUAGCGGUCACACGUAUGUUCCAGAAUAAGUUUGAACACCUUGGAAUUAGUGAACAACUCCAGGCGAAACUUCAAGAUGUAAUGGUCAUGAGGAACUUACUUUCUCUUGGGAAAGUUCUUGGAGAGGGUGAAUUUGGUUCUGUUUUGGAGGGACAUUUAACACAACUAGACGGAACAUCGGAAAAAGUUGCUGUAAAGACGAUGAAAUUGGACAGUUUCUCUCAAAGGGAGAUAGAAGAGUUCUUAAAUGAAGCUGCCUGCAUGAAAGAUUUCAACCAUCCAAAUGUUAUCAGGCUACUUGGAGUGUGCUUGGAGUUGGGCUCGGGUCACUUUGCGAAGCCAAUGGUCAUCCUGCCAUUCAUGAAAUAUGGAGACUUGCACAGUUUCCUGCUGCGCUCACGUCUAUCAGAAAGUCCAGUGUUCCUACCCACUCAGACACUGCUGAAGUUCAUGGUUGACAUUGCUUUGGGGAUGGAGUAUCUCAGCGGCCGUAACUUUCUACACCGUGACCUGGCUGCUCGUAACUGCAUGCUGCGUGAUGACAUGACUGUGUGUGUGGCAGAUUUUGGAUUGUCCAAGAAAAUCUACAGUGGGGAUUAUUACAGGCAGGGCCGAAUAGCCAAAAUGCCAGUGAAAUGGAUUGCAUUGGAGAGUCUGGCAGACAGAGUUUUUACAGUGAAGAGUGAUGUGUGGGCUUUUGGAGUCACCAUGUGGGAGAUUGCAACGAGAGGCAUGACUCCGUAUCCCGGCAUUCAGAACCAUGAAAUUUACGACCACCUUCUUGAAGGACACAGGCUGAAGCAGCCGACAGACUGUUUGGAUGAACUGUAUGAGAUCAUGUACAGCUGCUGGAGGGCUGAUCCGCUGGACAGACCAGUCUUUCCACAAUUACGAGAAAUGUUGGAGAAACUCACAGAGAAGCUUCCAGAGUCUUCCAGUGUAGAUGACAUCAUCUAUAUUAAUACUAGUUUCCCUGAUGAGGAUCCUAACGGAGAAGCGCUUACCGUUGACCCUCCGGUGUUCAGCUCCUCCCCUUCCUGUAACCACCAAGCAGCAGAGAACUCUGUGGUUACUGCGGACAUUCACGGCAGCUUGGAGGAUGACGAUGAUGACAACAAUGAUCGUUAUGUGGUGGUGCACUCCUCUGACCCUUCCAUGAGAACUCCUGCAGCGGACACUCUUUUGCCAAAGGAUGCAAACCAAGCAAAUGGAGAGACAGUUAGUGACGUGACAUUGGGUCAAGACUCCAGUGACAUGUCUUACCUGCUGUAAAUGUUGGUACUCAACAGACCACGCCUACAAAGAAAGAAAAAAAAAUGUCAUUGAUCAGCGCUAAAAAUAUGACUUAUUUCAUUGGGAGCAUCUUCUGCCAUGUGGACCACCAGGUUUUUUUGUUUUUUUUUGUUUUUUUAGAUUUACGGAAGAAACCAACACGUCUGUCUUAAAUCUAUUGUACGUCAACAUCAAACAUUCCUGCGCAUGUUCCAAUAAGCUUGAGAAAAAAUGAACUGUGAAAAUGUUUGUUAUGCAGUUGUUUUGUCAUGUAAAUAUAUAAGAUUGUACAGUAAAUUUAAGAAAAAUGACCUUGAAUAAUGUAAGAAAAAAAUGAUUUAUAGAUUUAUGAUGCAACAAUUAAACAGGAUACAUGUGG